AUGAAUUCCACGUCCUUGAUCGUGCCGUUCACGUUCUUACACGAACAAGGGUCAGAUGACACGCAUGCAUGUAUAGGAAACGCCCGAAACCUUGUAGAGAAGACAUGCUCAGACGCUCGAGCUGUGUUCAUCACUUCAUGGGAGCACCGUACAGGAACUGAUUCAGAUCCCACUCAGACGCUGACCGCGACGAACUCUCUUGGGGGAGUCGCCAUUGGUUGCGAAGACGGGACUGUUUUUAUCCUCCAUCGUCCACCUGAAGCGGUCACCCCAUCUCACUUGCCCGUAGAUCCGGAAAGCAGAUCACCAUCAAGACCAUCCAGCCCUCUUCCUCAUGGCUCCAGACGCUCAACGUCGCUCUCACGAUCCAGCACCCCUUCGUCACUCACAUCUGGACUGUCCCCCUUCACUGUCUCACCACGGGCCCGGAUCGUUUCCGGGAUCUCCGCAGAACAGGUGCAGGCGCCAAAAAACUACGUCGAUUUUGACGAAGAGCCGGAAAAGCUGAAAGAGUACCUCAAAUCUGGAGUAAGAGAGCGAUCUGUUGCAGAACGCUUUUUGCCUCAUUUUGACAAGGGUGUUACUAUUGACAAAUCAACAGCGCCGACCUCGCUUCUCUCUCCCGUCACGAGCACUGUUCGUUCAACUGAAGCGAAGUCUUUACUGUCCGCGACACAAUCACCAGCGCUUACAGCAAGAUCUAUUUCUGUGCCUUCCUCUCCUGCGUUCCUCCCUUCCACGCCUGCUAGGGAUAUCUGUGUGAUAUCUGCUGAAGAUGGCACUUGUUGCGCUUUUAUACAGAUUGCGUCAUCAUCCAUGUUACCACCCGCAGGCAUGAAGGACGUUCAUGAUCCGGACGGCGUAUGGACCUGGAAACGAUUGGAGGUCAUUGAAAUUGGAGAGUCUGUUAUCCUUAUGGCCUGUGCCGAAUUGGACGAAAAUGCUCUCCCGCUGUCAACGCAUGACAGCGGCGAAGGCGAUCAGAAAGCAGGCUCUCGCGUUACCCUGUUGGACCUCCGAAAAACGUUUGCGCUUGAGGCGGCGGGUGUAGAGCUCGAAAAGAUAGGAGAAUGGCAGAGCUCUCGUAUCGUUGCUCGUGCUUCCUUUCUUCAGUCUAUACAGUCUCAUGUCGAGGCUGCUUCGACUGGCUUGUCGGCUCUCGCUUUCAACCCGUUCAAACCAGCCUCAACUCAGGAGAAGGAACCGUUGCGUACCAAGACACGUUUGCCAGGAAGGCUCGAAGUGGAUGCCCCGACUAUCGCUGGCGAGUUCGCACCGGACUCUGAUAUUCAUGGUAUGCGAAUUAUCAGGUCCGAAAGCGAGACAUAUGGCCUGGUCUGGUUAGAUCAUGAAGUCGUCGAUCGAGUCGACGUGUUCAAGGUUUUUUCCGUUGACGCUAACACUAAUGAGGUCGACGCCGACAUUGCCAAGGCUAUACUGCAGUCAGUGAUAGCUCGAAUUGCACAGGUUGUGACCUCUGUUUCAGUACUCGGACAGCAAGCAAUCCAAAUUACACCCAAAGCAGAUAUUUUUUUCACUGGCGUCAGCGACAAGGGUCGUCGCAAGAUCCAGGCGAUGGUACCAUUGGAAUGGAUCAAUGAAAUCAUCCAACAUACCACUCAAUGGACCAAUCGUGGAUUUGCAUUUUGUGAACGACUGAUCGUUGGGGGCGCUGAUGAUGGCUCAGUGGCAGUAUGGGAUUCCGAUUCCUUGAACCUUCUAGCACGUUGGACAAUAUUUACAACAUCAUUAACGGAUGUGGUUCAAAUACGACAAGAUAAAGGAGAACCGCUUCAUGGCUGUCUACUUUGUAUCUCCUACGAUGGUACCAUCGCCGUGAUUGUUUUGGAUGAGUAUCAGUUCCUUCAUAUUGUACCAGGGUCUCAGGCACGCUUGAAUAGCAUUUGCAUCAACAACGACAACAUGCUUCUGACCUAUGCGAACACUCGAGCUCGUCUAUGGAACGCCAAAACCAAAGAAUUCUGGCGUUCAAUGGCCUCGGAUAAAGUUGAAGAAAUGCUGAGUCAAGGAGGUUGGACAGAGGUUCCACUGGAGCAUCGGCCACGUUCACUUCAGGAUGUCUCUGCUUCCCUGGGAUCUGAAGUCCACAGUAGCGAUGGGGCUGCUACAGUCUUGGUCGAUUUGGAACAAUUGCUUUCCAGUGCAAUCUCUACUUCAAAGUCGUCAAAUGGCGAUGACCAGAAAAAUAUUCAAAUAAUUGUCGGCGCUAUCCGUGCUGCCUUAGGGGCUGUACUUACACCUGGUUUAAAUGUGGACAUUGAUUCGAUCUGCAGAGACAGAUUGAAGCUUAGUAGGACAUCAGCAUCUUCAGGAUUCUACAGCAACGAUUCCGUUUCCCUGACCGUCCAUGAUAACCCAUGGAGCGCUUGGUGUGUCUCAGCAGAUGCGUCGGCAGCCCGUGCUUUAGCUAUCGUUUCCUGUUUACGCGCUCUCGGUCACAUGGAAGAUGCAAUGGACGAUGCAAGCACUGUUGUAGCAUUUUAUGCCAGUUCUCUAUCUCAGGGACUUGGUGCCAACUACCGGCCUCCAAGCCUUCCAUUCCUGGCUCGAUGGUGGUUCGAAACUUCCGUAGUCGAAUUAAGAUCAGCAGCACGCAUUCUAUUUGACGCUGGCAUUGCGAAUUUGUCCAUCGGGGAGACAAUGACAUUGGUGGAACGAUGGCAGCAUCACUUGCCUUCUUUGCAGCCGGAUGCGGAGCGUAAAUUACCUGCUGUUGCAAUGGCUCUGUUUCUGUGUGGCUAUAUUGCAGCAGACAACGCUCUCAACGAUAUCUCGAAGUCUAUCGUAUUGUACCUCCAAGACGAGGACGUGCCUGACAAACUUCUAGCGAUCGAUCUUUGUUCUCGUGGCUUUCACAUCUGGCAACAAUACGUCGAUGCGAUGGAGAUGCUGCGGUCUCUCUUCACUCUGGCGACGGCCUCUCGCAAAGACACAAUAUCUUCGCAGAAUAUUGGGCCACAGGCGCGCCUCGCUGUGCUUCAAAUCGCCACCCAUAAUACUGCCUUAUUUAUGACGACCUUGUCUCUGGAUAUUCUACACCCUAGGGGUGUCGAAUCACGCAAAUCCAUUAUGCAACUUGUUGCAUUUCUUAUCAAAAAGAAACCACUGGUCAUCUAUCCCAAUCUACCGCGGUUAGUCGAAGCCGUGGUGAAGUCUCUAGAUCCCAACUCGACUUCGAGCCGAGAGGCAGUUCUCGACACAGCUACUGAGAUUCUAGGGCAUGUCGUUAAAACCUUUCCCACUGUGGACUUUCACAUGAACAGCCAGCGUUUGGCUGUGGGUACCAGCGAAGGCGCCGUUAUAAUGUAUGAUUUGAAAACGGCCACACGGUUAUACGUCCUGGAGGGUCACAAAAAGAGGCCCGCAGCGUGCAGUUUCUCGCCUGAUGGGAGGCGAUUGAUCACGGUCUCUCUGGAGGAAGGGCUUGUCCUUGUGUGGAAAGUUGGCUCAAGCUUUACCAGCUUCUUCAAUCCAGGUGCUCCUCCUCGACAAGGACGCGCGGGCUCAGACCCAUUCAAGUCAUUGAACUUUAAUGUUGGAGGCGAAGCCCACAUGACUAUUGAAGAUACACUCAGCGCUGUGCGAGUGGAGUGGGCAGCGGAACGCAGCGUUCGAUUGAGAAUACGAGAGCUGACGUUGACUUUCAGUACAUAGAAUAUCGAACCAUCCCCACAGUAUUGGCUGGAUGGAUAUGCAUACUGAAUUAUUUAACUAAUUCUCAACUCGUCCGAUCUCAGAGACCCUGACGGCGAUCAGAAAGAUGACGAGGUCUCACUAACAGCAUCCGACGGCGUAUUCUCUAAGUAUUCUCUAUGGUAAUAUUCUUGUGAAUUUACUACUUCUCAUUCUCGUCUGAUUCUAACUUGAACUCCGUGGGGAACAAAACAGCCCUGUCCAUGGCAACGGGAAGACCACGAUGGCGCCCGCGCAGCAUUACCAGACAAAUGAUUAACUUUGACAGAUUAUGCAUCGCACCAGUGAGAGCAUAGUUUGCCGUAGGAACACCGAGAGUCAGGCCUAUAGUUGCAUACGCGGACACAAUCUCGAAAAUUAGAGCGAAGAUGUGGAACCAGGAACUCUUCUCAGGAUCGCUGAGCUGUCUGCGUUCGAUUAUGCAAAGCACAAAGAGCACGAGUGCCAACCACCACAUUAUCUGCAAGAAUAUGGAAAAUUUUCAGCUAUAAAAAUUGAAGCUCAAAAACAAAUACCAAAAGCAAGCUGUUGCCGAACAUGGUGUGCCAGGUAUCUUCCCCAUAUCGAUACACGUGAAGUGUCACCGUCAUGGACCAUUUCGUUCCUGUCAUCUAUAGCCUCCUCCUCGGCCACGCCGAGCGACCGAUCC